UUUUAAUCGUAAUCGCCGAUUGUCAUGCAUGUUUGAAGUGGAAAUGGAAAUGUUUGUAUUUUUUUCCAACUGUUGUUGACAAGUUAUUUUGUAAUGCUUGAUAAGACUAUGUAACUGCAAAUUACUUAUAUUUUAGGCAUUGUAUAUAACUGGUUUAAGAAAUUUGGUUACGGCAUGGUUAGUUUAGGGAAUGAAAAUAGAAGUGGAUCCGGCGGUGGAUACUUCUUUGAUAGAGAUACAGCUCAGCUUUAUGAUGAGACAGAUGAAGCAUCUUUAGUGUCAAGUGUUCUAAUUUCAAAUGAAGAACCUUCUUUUAAGAAAAUACCUGUUACAGGAGUGAUAGUUCUAGAAAUAUUUCUUACAAUUUCUUUGAUUGCUUCUGCUAUAGCUGUACCUUUCUUUUUUGAAGAAGACUCAUGUUUUAUUUUAAGUUGUUCUCAUACAGCUCUUUGGCUGAUCAUGUUUGGUACAAAUUGCUAUCGAAACUAUCAGCAUAAUUAUAUUCAGAAAUGUGGAUAUUUGGAAUUCUUUCGUAAUACACAGUUGCUUCAAAGGGUGCCUUUGAUUGUUCUCUCAAUUGGAAAUGCUGUUCUUGUUUUGGUUUUAGCAGUGUUUCUGAGAUUUUGCCCUCUUCCUGAAACAUGUCCUCUAAGUAGUGAUCUGCAUUGUGAGAAUUACUUGCAAAUUUUCUUCGGAGUUGAAGUUUUCAUCGUUUUGCUCUGUCUUGGCAAAUACCUAGUUAUAGUUGUAAAAUUCAAUAGCAGUAAGGCGAUUCCUGAUGUACAUCAGGAUGAUUUAUUGAUAAGUUAUUUGCAAUCUUAUGCUCCAACUAAUGAAGUAGGAUUUCGGGAUGAAAGUUACAUGGGAGAAGUACUUGAGAAACAAGCUGAUAUGAUACGAUACUUAAAACAACACAGCAACAACUUGAGCCGAAAAAUAUUGCGCCUUAAUGCUCAACUUGAAAGCAUGCAGAAUAAUGCACAACGCUACUGAACAAUUUUAGGUUAAAAAUGCAUGUAUGGUUUAACAAAUGCUGUGAUAUAUCUCAAUUAUUUAUUGUAUAAAUGUGUUGAAAUAAAUAUGCUUCCUAUUUUUGUGUCUUUUAAA